AUGGCUAUAUUGGGAUGGGUGCUCCAGAAUGCUUUCGGAGGAAAGUCAGAAACACCUAGAGUCAGCUCCUUCCCCAGCUCUCAACUCUACCUUCUACCCUCUACCACCCCCACCCCCUACCCAAAAGACCAGACCCUUCUCCUAGGAGCAGCCUACACGGCCCUCCUAUAUGGAAACGGUCCGGGAUAUGCGCUCAAGGACGGCGCCCGGCCAGAUGUUACUGAGAGCGAGAGUGGGAGCCCCGAGUACCGGCAGCGGUCAGCAGUGCCCUUGAACAUAGAGACACAUGCAGGCGACGACGUGGCGGUGUUCGCGCGCGGCCCGCAGGCGCACCUGGUUCCUGGCGUGCAGGAGCAGAGCUUCGUAGCGCACGUCAUGGCAUUUGCCGCCUGCCUGGAGCCCUACACGGCCUGCGACCUGGCGCCCCGCGCCGGCACCACCGACGCCGCACACCCGGAGCCGUCCGUGGUCCCCGCGUUGCUUCCUCUGCUGGCCGGGACCUUGCUGCUGGGGACGGCCACUGCUCCCUGA